GUGGUGAAGACUCUCCCACUUUCCCAGUGGGAAAUCCCACUUCGAGGGUAGUUCCAGUUGAAAAAUUCAACUGGGAACUGGGAAAUCCCCACUUCCGAGGACAAAUGGAACGCGGCAUGAAUCCUGAAAGCGCCUGCAGUGGGCGGGGCUUUCAAGAUGCAAACUGGAGGGAAACAAGUGCAUAGUGUAUAUCUUUAUAUAUACAGCGUGCACUUCUUCGGUUUCCUCUUCCACUAUGGAUCACACUUUGGGAAGCCUUCUUUAUAUUGCAGCGGUGCAUUCUCUGAAUAAACGCAGGGCUCGGCGCCGUCGGUCCUUCUGGGUCCAGAAAGGGCUGCAAACCCGUCAAGUCGAGGGGGAAUUUCAUCGUCUGAUAUCCGAGCUACGUUUCGGCGAUGCUCGGUUUCAGCGUUAUUUCCGAGUAGACAAGACUGAGUUUGCUGCUCUGGUUAACAGGGUCGGUCCGCGGAUCAGCCGCAUGGACACCACCUACCGACGAGCCAUCGGUCCCGCUGAGAGGCUGGCAGUCUGCCUGCGAUACCUUGCAACUGGGGAUUCGUUUCGCACCAUAGCACGCAGCUACCGUGUGGGGCAUUCCACAGUGUGCAGUAUUGUGGCAGAAGUAUCCAGGGCAAUAUGGGAUUGCCUGGUGGAAGACUACAUGCCUGUUCCAUCUACUGAAGAUUGGAGGGCCAUUUCAGCUGACUUCUCCCACCGCUGGAACUUUCCAAACUGUCUGGGGUCGGUAGACGGAAAGCAUGUAGUGAUCCAGUCUCCAAAGAACUCUGGAUCCCUCUACCACAACGACCAGGGGACAUUCUCUAUUGUCCUCUUGGCAGUUGUGGAUGCUAAAUACUGCUUCCGUAUUAUCGAUGUCGGUGGUUAUGGGAGGACCAGCGAGGGAGGGACCCUGGCAAACUCCACCUUUGGUCAGGCACUGAUCAAUGGUACUCUUCAAAUCCCUGAAGACGCCCUGCUUCCAGGAGCUGAACACUUGGGACCACAACCCCAUGUGUUUGUGGCAGACGAAGCUUUUCCCCUCCGCAGGGACCUGAUGAGGCCUUUUCCAGCAGCCAACCUCUGUCCCAGGAAAAGGGUUUUCAACUUCAGGCUGUCACGAGCAAGGAGGAUUGUGGAGAAUACCUUUGGUAUUCUGUCCUCUCAGUGGGGCAUGUACCGGCGGGUCAUUGGUAUGAGCCCAGAAAAUGUGGAGGCAUGUGUGAAGGCUACCUGUAUCCUUCAUAAUUUCAUCAGGAGAAACAGCAGGACCAGGAGGGAACCAGUGCCAGCGUCAGAGGGGGAAGGCUCAGUGAUGCAGGGCUUGAGAAGAUCAGCGAGCCACAAUGCCCCGCGGGAGGCCAUCCGUGUGAGGGAGGUCUACGCUUCAUACCUUUCAGCUGAGGGUGCAGUAGCGUGGCAGCCCACGGAAUGAUCUUCCACCAAAGGUUCUUUUAAGAACCAUCCACCAAAGGUUCUUUUAAGAACCAACCACAUUAAACUAAGCAGCACAUUUUC